AGACGACCGCUGAAUAAUUUCUCGGGUGCCAAACUAAUGAUGUCUUUUUAGUUUGUGAAGUAAAAAAAUUUAAAUUUCUUGAAAUAUCGGAAUUCUGCUUGCGAACGCAUCUCCCUGCUGUCUAUUUGGAUCUCUAAGUAGAGAGAGAGAGAGAGAGAGAGAGAGAGAGAGAGAGAGAAAGAGGAGAUGACUGUGUUUCACUUCUUCAACUGCGCAAUUCUAACCUUCGGUCCUCACGCCGUCUACUACUCCGCAACGCCCUUAUCGGAGUAUGAUACACUUGGUACUUCUGUUAAAGCUGCUCUUGUUUACCUUGGAACGGCAUUAGUGAAGCUUGUUUGUUUAGCGACCUUUCUCAACGUAUCUGAAAAUGACAGCUUUGACCCAUAUCAGGAAUUGUUGAAAGCUGUAAUUGGCUUUAUAGAUGUUGCUGGGCUUUACUUUGCCUUGACCCAAUUGACUCACAGAAACAUCUCUCAAAAUCAUAAAUUCCAAGCUGUUGGACUUGGGUGGGCUUUCGCCGAUUCCGUUCUGCAUAGAUUGGCACCUCUUUGGGUGGGCGCUAGAGGACUAGAAUUUACUUGGGACUACAUUCUGCAAGGCCUUGAAGCAAAUGCAAACCUGGUGUUGAGUAUAUCCCUUGCAGCAUUGGGAUCUUUGAUGUGGCUUCGGAAAAACAAACCCAAGACUUUGAUUCCCAUAAUAUAUGCAUGUGCAGGAAUAGUGGCAACAAUGCCUUCGAUCACAAGCUACCUGAGGCGAGGCUUGGGAUGGCAUUUUCCGAAGGUGGUAGGCUUUGAAUUGUUCACCUCUUUGGUGAUGGCUUUUAUUAGUUUGCAGCUCUUUUCUGCAUGUCAGAGACCAUCUAGCUGAAGAAACGAAAAAAUUACCUCUAAAUGCUGUGGAGUUCAUUAGAAGGAAGGAUAUUAGAGUGGCGUAACUGCGAGGUGAUUUAUUUUUAAUUAAACAUUUUUCUGAAGGUGGCUGUUGUAGGAUUUACAGAAAUCCAAGGUUGAUCUGGGCUCUUUUUUCAACAUCUACAAACACGAAUGUGGUUUUCUUUGCUGUUGAAGUUCUGGAAUUUGUCAAUGAAAUUUGAGUUAAUUAGUUUUAUUUUC